GUCCGAAUUUUUCCCACUGAUCGUCACCAAGAUUUUCCGCAAAGCCACAGUUACUUUUCAACCGUCGGAAUAGAAACUUGAUCUAGUUACGCCAGUCUAGUUCGAUUAGGGCUCAAGAGAGAAAGAGACUUGAGCUCAGAAAAAAAACCUUCAAUAAAAAGACAUAAGUGAUGGCCAAGAAAGGGAAGGCUAAAAUUGGACCUGUGAAGACGGAAGCCGCAACCGAAGCAGCUUCAACCGUUCAGGCUCCAUCAGUUGAACCUGUUGUCAAGCCAGUAGAAGAAGAACUUACGAAAGUUGCAGACAAACCAGUUGAAUCUCCGAAAACUCCAGCUGCUGCUCCAGCCCCAGUGAAAGAAGCUCCAAAGCAAACCGAAGCAGAUAAGAAGCCAGCAUCACCCAAGCAGAAACAAAAACAAGUUCCGGCUAAGCCUAAGGAUGAACCGAAACCAAAAGAUGCUCAGCCAGUUAAAGCCCCUGUAGCGCCGGUACAGAACGGAACAGCUGGAGAAACCACUACCGCAGCGGAAGGAACUGCGAGCGAAGCCGAAGGCACUGGAACCCAGAGGAAGCGACGCAAUCGUAGACACCGCAAGAAGAAGCCCGUCAUUGAAGCUACUGAAGGCGAAGUUCCCCCUGCAGAGCAGAAGCCCAAGAAAGAGCACAAGAAAAAACGUGCCAAGCGACUGAGGGCUUUGGCUUUGGCUGAACAAUCUGCCAGUGCCCAAAUUGCCGCCGUCGAAGGUGCCAUUGCCGGUGAUGCCCCGAAGACUUCCAACAACGUAGAAGUUCUACAGAAGAAAAUCGAAAUUGCCGAAAAGGUGCUCCAGCAAGUGCAGCAACAAACUCAAGAAGAGCAAAAGAAGAUCGAUAACCUGAAACCAGACUCCCCAAAGCAGCAGAACAAGAACAAGCAAGCACGCAACAGGAAAGAUUCAGACUCGAAAAAGCAAGCCCUAGCAGAGGUGCAAAAGGCAACCGAAGAAAGAGACAAAAUAAAGAAUGAGGCACGUAAGCUUGUGGAAGAGAAGGUCAAGAAACAACAAGAGCUCCAAAAACUGCAAGCAGAAAAAGAGCAAAAGGAACAAGAAGCGAAACUAUUAUUGGAAGCGAAAGACCGUAAAGUAGAAGAAGCAGCGAAGCUGCUUGAACAAACGAAGCGCGUUGCAGCAGUUGAGCAAAAACUGAACGAAUUGCAGCCAACCAAGGCAGAACCGGCCGCACAGCAACAACGCACUCGCAAAGAUUCCGAAAAGCAGAAAAAAACAACCAAAAAUGAAGAAGAAGUGAAGAAGGUCACCACUGAUAGUACUGCUGCUGCCGACAAAGCCGCUGCUGAAAAGAAGGCUGCCGCCGACAAAGCGGCGGCUGAGAAGAAGGUUGCUGCCGAAAAAGCAGCUGCAGAAAAGAAGGCUGCUGAAGAAAAGGCUGCUGCUGAAAAAAAGGCUGCCGAAGAAAAGGCUGCUGCUGAGAAGAAGGCUGCUGCUGAGAAGGCUGCCGCUGCUAAGGCUGCAGCUGAAAAGGCUGCUGCUGAGAAAAAGGCUGCCGCUGAAAAGGCUGCUGCUGAAAAAAAGGCUGCUGAAGAGAAGGCUGCAGCCGAGAAAAAGGCUGCCGCUGAGAAAGCGGCUGCUGAGAAAAAGGCUGCCGCUGAAAAGGCUGCUGCUGAGAAGGCUGCUGCUGAGAAAAAGGCUGCUGCUGAAAAGGCCGCUGCAGAGAAGGCUGCCGCUGAAAGAGCUGCUGCUGAGAAGGCUGCCGCUGAAAUGGCCGCUGCUGAGAAAAAGGCUGCUGCUGAAAAGGCCGCUGCAGAGAAGGCUGCCGCUGAAAAGGCUGCUGCUGAGAAAAAGGCUGCUGCUGAAAAGGCCGCUGCAGAGAAGGCUGCCGCUGAAAAGGCUGCUGCUGAGAAAAAGGCUGCUGCUGAAAAGGCUGCCGCUGAAAAAGCUGCUGCUGAGAAAAAGGCUGCUGCUGAAAAGGCCGCUGCUGAAAAGGCCGCAGCUGAAAAGGCUUCUGUGGAGAAAAAGGCUGCCGCUGAGAAGGCUGCCGCUGAAAAAGCUGCCGCUGAAAAGGCUGCUGCUGAAAAGGCUGCCGCUGAAAAGGCUGCUGCUGAAAAGGCCGCUGCUGAAAAGGCCGCUGCUGAAAAGGCCGCUGCUGAAAAGGCCGCUGCUGAGAAAAAAGCUGCUGCUGAAAAGGCUGCCGCUGAGAAGGCUGCCGCUGAGAAGGCUGCUGCUGAAAAGGCUGCCGCUGAGAAGGCUGCUGCUGAGAAGGCUGCCGCCGAGAAGGCUGCCGCCGAGAAGGCUGCCGCUGAAAAGGCAGCUGCUGAAAAGGCAGCCGCUGAAAAGGCCGCUGCUGAAAAGGCCACUGCUGAAAAGGCCACUGCUGAAAAGGCUGCUGCUGAGAAAAAGGCUGCCGAAGAGAAGGUUGCUGCUGAAAAAGCUGCCGCUGAAAGGGCUGUCGCUGAGAAGGCCGCUGCUGAAAAGGCCGCAACUGAAAAGGUUGCUGCUGAACCAGUCACCGAAGCCAAAAAACAAGAUAAUAAACAAAAUGAAAAGAAGCCAGCAGAAAACAAGAACAACAAUCAAAACCAAAAACCUAACAAUAAAAAGAAUAAGCGAACACCAAAGAGCAGCGUAUCCGAAGAAGACAAAUCAACCGGUCCAAAAAACGUGGAAAGCAGCGAUUUUGUCUCAUCUGCUAAACCCGAGCAGACUGUAGCAAAAUCGCUAGAGACCGCCACCGUCACUGCUGUAGCUGCAGUCUGUCCGGUUGCUGCUGCGAAGCCAGACGAAAAGAAAUCUUCCACUCCUGAAAAGACUGCCCCAGCUAAACCCGCCGCAGCUGACCAGAAAAAGAGUUCCUCACCGCCAAAGACAAACGGCACGGCCGCUAAAUCGAAACCUCAGCCAGUAUCGACAACUCCCGCCAAACAACAAACUCCCGAAAAAACACUCCCCAAGGCUUCCAGUCCGACAAAGAAAGCACCUUCCCCACCAAAAACAGUCCCUUCUCGCGCGUCCCCAAAACCAAGUACCCCACCCACAACUCCCAAACCUACCAAGAAACCUGAACUUCCUCCAAAACCUGAAUUUCUGAAGAAGAAGUCUCCAUCGGUGGAGCAGGACAAGCAACCAUCCACGAAGCCAGCAACUCCACCAACAACUCCUACGGAGGUAGCGGCGUCACCACAGGAGGUAAAUCUCAAGUUCAAUGUCGAGAAACAGCUGGCAGCACUGAAUGCGACCGCUGCUGCCGCCAAACUGAUGCCGAAGACCCUCCCGCUCGGUACCGAAACAACCGAAGAGGACGAACUCGAGGAAGACUUUGACGAAGAGGAAGAAUCCAUCGAGUACAAAUUUACGCCUCGUCCGGUCUUCCUAGCCACCAACUGUCAGGUUUGCAAGAACCCUCUAAGGAACCUUGUCCAAUGCGAGAGCUGUCGGAUGGUAUCCUACUGCAAUGAAGACCAUCGACGAUCCGAUGCCGCAGGGCACAAGGAUCUCUGCAGUGUGAUCGUUGAAAUCGCCAGGCGAAGAGGUGGUCACAUCUACAACAUGGCGCAUAAACUGACGGACGAGGAGUAUCGUAACCUGCGAGUGUACACUUUGAACCAAUCGGAGCAGAUGCUGAAACGUCCUCUGCAAGCGUACGAGCGCGAAGUUCUUCUCUUCCCACGAACUUGCUGUUCGCCAAGCUGCCGUGAAUGGAGGCAGGACGUGCUGACGGAGUGCAAGGACUGCCGCCAGGUGUCCUACUGUGCCGAACAUCCUGACCACCUGCUUCCGUCGCACGGUCAAUGGUGCAAGGCAUUCUUCCUCUUCCAGAAGCUCAUCCUACGGCAGAAGAUUCUCGGCCGCAUCGAACCGGUGCUUCCGGUUCGAAUUGUCGGCAAGUCGUUCCAACUGCCGCCAAACAUCGACGAAGUCAUCAAGUUCUUGUACAAAAAUUCAAAUGCUCUUCGGGACGAGUGUGCCUACGCUACGUUGACACAGAUCGCCACCGCACCGUUGACGGCCCUGCACGGUUACCUGCAGGCCGGUCUACGACCGACGGAAACCUUCACCAUCCACCUGGUCGGUGCGGAGCUGCAAUUUGAAGGUGACACCCUGGACAAGUGGGAAGCCUUCUUCCUUCACAUUGUGCCGGAGAUCACCGAGCUGCG